AUGAACACUUUCUUCAUUUUCACUUUUCUCUUUGCACUUGUUGCCUUUUCAAGUGCUCAACAGUGGACUGCACAACAACUGGCAGCUUACCGACAGCAACAAUAUUAUAACUGGUGGUACAACCAACAACGUAUGCAACAAGUCCAGCAGCAACCGCAGUUCCAACAACCUGCCCCAGCUCAACCAGUUCCCGUCCAAAGCCCGUUCUUUGGAAAUGCUCAGUCAGACAGCAAAGGAAACUCAUGGCACGGAGAUGACAACGCUAAACUUUUCCUAGUCGCAAGAUCCUCCUGGCCUUAA